AUGAGAUCCGAUUGUGGAGGGGAGUUCAUGUCCAAAGAAUUUUUGAAUUUUUGUGAAGAUAAUGACAUUAGAAGACAGUUGGCAGUGCCGAGAACCCCUCAACAAAAUGGAAAAGCGGAAAGGAAGAACAUGACAAUACUUGAGAUGGCGAGAAGCAUGCUCAAAAGUAAAAACCUACCAAAGGAUUUGUGGGCGGAAGCAGUUGCGUAUGCAGUGUAUCUAUCAAACCGAUCUCCAGCGAGAAGCGUUUCAGGAAAAACACCACAAGAAGCUUGGAGCGGAAGAAAGUCCGGUGUUUCACAUCUAGGAGUAUUUGGAAGUAUUGCUCACGCUCAUGUACCAGACGAAAAGCGGAGCAAGCUAGAUGAUAAAAGCGAGAAAUAUAUCUUCAUCAGUUAUGACGCCAACAAGCUCUACAAUCCCGAGACAAAGAUGACACUAAUCAGUAGAAAUGUCAUCUUUGAUGAAGAAGAAGAAUGGGAUUGGAGAUCAAAUGAUGAGGAUCAUAAUUUCUUUCCACACAUUGAAGAAGAGGAUUCGGAGCAACCAGCAGAGGAGCCUAUUGCGCCACCUACUCCACCUACUCCACCAACUAUAAGUUCUCAAGGAGAUGAAAGUUCAAGCGAAAGGACUCCGCGUUUUAGAAACCUGCAAGAGCUUUAUGAGGUAACUGAACAUCAAGACAAUCUUACCUUAUUUUGUCUAUCUGCGGAAUGUGAGCCCAUGAAUUUCCAAGAAGCUAUGGAGAAGGAGGCAUGGAGAAAUGCAAUGGAUGAAGAAAUAAAGUCCAUACAGAUAAAUGAGACAUGGGAGUUAGCUUCACUUCCAGACAGAAAAGCUGAAGAAGAACCCCUGAUUCUCAUAGCCCACAUGACCCCCAUCCCUUAG